AUGCGGUCAUUACUUGUUGCCUUCACGGCUUUCACCGCUGCCCUCGCAGCCCCGGUAGAGGAGAAGCGCGCAACUGGACCCUCUGCUGUCGUCAAGAACGGAACAGUCAUCGGAAGCUCUCUCGGCAAUGUCGAGUCUUUCAAGGGUAUCCCAUUCGCCUUGCCCCCAACAGGCAGCCUGAGGUUGAAGCCUCCUCAAUCGAUCACAGCAUCCUACCCUUCAGGAACGUUCGCAGCUACUGGCGUACCCAAAGCAUGCCCGCAAUUCUUCAGCCAAGUCGACAGUACUGACAUACCUGCCGAUGUUCUUGGAGAAGUUUUAAUGUCGCCACUAUUGCAAGUGGCAACUGACACUGGAGAGGACUGUUUGACUCUCAACGUCCAACGUCCUGCUGGUACCACGGCAUCUUCGAAGCUACCCGUUGUUUUCUGGAUAUUUGGUGGCGGUUUCGAGGUAGGCAGCACUCAGAUGUAUGAUGGUACCCCUUUGGUUGCUGAGUCCGCUGCUCUGGGACAUGGUGUUAUCUACGUGGCAGUCAACUACAGGGUUGGAGGCUUCGGCUGGCUCGCUGGAAAAGAGCUGCAGGCUGACGGCUCCACCAAUCUCGGACUCAAGGAUCAGAGAAAGGGUUUGGAGUGGGUGGCUGAGAAUAUCGCUGCCUUUGGAGGUGAUCCGGAUCGUGUCACCAUCUGGGGCGAGAGCGCAGGAGCGAUUUCGGUCUACGACCAAAUGAUUGUGAACAGCGGUGAUAACACUUACAACGGAAAGCCAUUGUUCAGAGGUGCAAUCAUGAACUCUGGUUCUGUUGUUCCUGCUGUAGAUGUCGCAAAUCCCAAAGCACAAGCUGUUUACGAUACCGUAGUCAACGCAGCUGGUUGUUCUAGCAGCAGUGACACGCUAGCCUGCUUGAGAGGAUUGAGCUAUGAGGACUUCAUGAGAGCUGCAAACUCUGUGCCUGGACUUUUCAGCUACCAGUCGGUUUCGCUAGCAUACCUUCCCCGACCCGAUCCAGCAGACGGCUUCUUCCCCGUCAGUCCUGAGAUUGCUCUUCAGAACGGGAACUAUGCCAAAGUGCCACUGAUCUCUGGAGAUCAAGAAGACGAAGGCCCGCUGUUCAGUUUGGUGCAGAGCAAUAUCACGACUAGUCAGCAACUCCUAGACUACGUCGCCAGCGCCUACCCCGACACGCCUAGAUCUCAGGUCGCUGCAGUAGUUGCCACAUAUCCCGACGACAUUACAGCAGGAUCUCCAUUCAGGACUGGCAUCUUCAACAACAUUUACCCGCAAUACAAGCGUUUGGCUGCCAUCCUUGGAGAUGGCGUGUUCAACCUCCGUCGCCGACAACUUCUUUACGCUGUCUCUUCCACAGUGCCUUCGUGGAGUUACCUCGACAGUCAUCUCUACGGUACAGCAGUUCUAGGUACUUUCCACGGCAGCGACUUACUCAGCAUUUUCUUUGGCGUCGGCGGUGUCACUACACAAAAGACAUACCUCGACUACUACACUUCAUUCAUCAACUACCUCGAUCCCAAUGCCCUUGGCUCUGCAACACCACUUAUCAAUUGGCCUCAGUACAACACUACCAAGCCUACACUGUUGAAUCUGCAAGCUGUGGGAAACAACUUGCUUCCUGACACUUACCGCAGUGCGAGUUUCCAGGUUUUUCAGCAGAACUAUGGCGCUUACCGUACCUAA